ACGUAGCGCCAUAGCGUGGCGCCUCAUCCGCGACAAUCUCUAUCCCAUCGCCUCAAAUGGCUUACAAAUAGCGCUUCGGGGCUUCUCCUGCUUACACACCCACGAGUCGCAGCGUAUUGACCAACCAAGGCAAAGUAAACAGCACCAGAUUUCCUGUAGCAAGCCAUUUGUGCAAGAUGGAGUACCAGCGACAGCAGCAGCCGAACCGCGUCGACGAGUACGGCAACCCAAUCGCCGGAGCCGGACACGGUGGCCUGACCGGCGGCAUGGGAGGGCACGGCGGUGUCGGCACGGGGGCGGCUGCUGGAGGGCAUUUCCAGCCCAUGAGGGAGGAGCACAAGGCCGGCGGGAUCCUGCACCGCUCCGGCAGCUCCAGCUCCAGCUCGUCUGAUGAGGAUGACGGCAUGGGCGGAAGGAGGAAGAAGGGCAUGAAAGAGAAGAUCAAGGAGAAGCUCCCCGGUGGCCACGGUGGCCAGCAGCAAGCCACGGGAACCUACGGACAGCAGGGUCACACUGGGAUGACCGGCACCGGCGGCACCUACGGACAGCAGGGACACACCGGAAUGACCGGCACCGGGGCGCAUGACACCAUGCCUACCGGCGGCACCUAUGGACAGCAGGGAAACACAGGGAUGACCGGCACGGGGACGCACGGCACCGGUGAGAAGAAAGGCAUCAUGGACAAGAUCAAGGAGAAGCUUCCCGCCACGAGUCGCAGCGUAUUGACCAACCAAGGCAAAGUAAACACCACCAGAUUUCCUGUAACAAGCCAUUUGUGCGAGAUGGAGUACCAGGGACAGCAGCAGCACGGCCGCGUCGACGAGUACGGCAACCCGAUCGCCGGAGCUGGACACGGUGGCCUGACCGGCGGCAUGGGAGGGCACGGCGGUGUCGGCACGGGGGCGGCUGCUGGAGGGCAUUUCCAGCCCAUGAGGGAGGAGCACAAGGCCGGCGGGAUCCUCCACCGCUCCGGCAGCUCCAGCUCCAGCUCGUCUGAUGAGGAUGAUGGCAUGGGCGGAAGGAGGAAGAAGGGCAUGAAAGAGAAGAUCAAGGAGAAGCUCCCCGGCGGCCACGGUGGUGAGCAGCAAGCCAUGGGCACCUACGGACAGCAGGGUCACACUGGCAUGACCGGCACCGGGGCCACCGGCGGCACCUACGGACAGCAGGGACACACAGGAAUGACCGGCACCGGAGCGCAUGACACCAUGGCUACCGGCGGCACCUAUGGUCAGCAGGGGCACACUGGGAUGACCGGCACGGGGACGCACGGCACCGGUGAGAAGAAAGGCAUCAUGGACAAGAUCAAGGAGAAGCUGCCUGGCCAGCACUGAGCUAGCCCCUGGCCUUUCCACUACUUGUGAAGUUUGAGGCACCAGGCGGCCACCUUCGCCGAAUACUAAGAUAAACAGCAGAAUAAAAUCUCCACCAUAAUAAGUGAGCUGAGUUCACUUGGUUGUUUCGGUGGAUGUAUCCGGGUUCAUAUCCUCUGUGGUUUCAGUUGUCGGGAUUUUCUCGCACCGUUUUAUACCGUUUUAUACUGUACAUUUUUUUUUAUUUGAGAGCACGCCGAAAAGCGUACCUUAUCUUCAUAGAAUAAUAAGCAUGACAAAGUACA